UUUAAAAAUCCCCACAGAUUCAGUGGUGUCUUUCCCAGUCUAAAUAUGGCAGUAAAGCGCCGUGAACAAGUUCUGCAAGAUUACAAACGGCUGCAAUCCAAGGUGGAGAAGUAUGAAGAAAAGGAGAAAACAGGCCCCAUCCUGACCAAGUUGCACCAGGCCCGAGAAGAACUGAGGCCAGUGAAAGAUGACUUUGAGGCCAAGAACAAGCAACUUCUGGAAGAGAUGCCUAAGUUUUAUAGCAGCCGCACCGAUUAUUUCAAGCCAAGUUUUGAAUCUCUGAUCCGAGCACAG